GUGCUGGAGGGAAAACCCAUAUUUGCUGACUGCUUUGGAAACCUGGUGCCUCUUACCAAGAGUGGACAGCACCAUGUGUUCAGCUUUUAUGCCUUCAAAGAGAACAGACUGGCCCUCUUCAUCAAGAUUAGAGACACAGCACAGGAGCCAUGUGGUCGCUUGUCCUUCACCAAGGAACCACGCACGUAUCGUACUCUUAACCACAACGCCAUCUGCAACCUUAACAUCACUCUCCCAACAUAUUCAAAGGAGUCUGAUUCAGACCAAGAUGCAGAUGAUGAGAGUGAGAGGAGUGACAAGAAAUUGGAUUGGCAGGAUGAUGCUGACAGGAAAGAAGAGACAUUAGCAAUCGUUGCAGAUCUUCUUGGCUUCAGCUGGACUGAACUGGCAAGAGAACUGGAAUUCAGUGAGGAUGAUAUCCAGUUAGUGAGAUCAGAGAAUCCUAAUUCCCUCCAAGAGCAGAGCCAUGCCUUGCUGCAGCGCUGGGUCGAGCAGGAAGGCAAACAUGCCACAGAGGACUGUCUGAUUAAGAGACUAACCAAGAUCAACCGCAUGGACAUCGUCCAUCUUAUUGAAACCCAGAUGAACAAGUCAGUUCAGGAGCAAACAUCCAGAACUUAUGCAGAAAUAGAGAAGACACUGGAUCACAGUGAAGUGUCAGUAGCCCUAUCUUCAGUGCAAGAGGAUGCAGACAGCCCCAGAGUUGUGAGAAGGGUGGAGUCAGAUCGCAGACCACCCCCAGCUGUUUCUGAAGAAGAUCUCUCAGUUGCCUCCCUACUGGAUAUUCCUUCAUGGGCAGAGCCUGUUGGACACACUCACUCCGAGAGCAUGCAUGGUGACCUGCUGGAAGAGCUUGAGAUCCCACAUGAAUUGAACCCUAACCUGUGGACCUCUGAGGAUGUAAUUACACAAGAACCUACAAGUUAUGACAACUCUGAUGAGCAAGUAAGUAUGCUUCCCACUUCAAAAGAAGCAGCACUGGGAAGCCAAGCGGCCCAGGUUUAUGAUCCCAAAGUGAAAGACCAGCAAGAUUGCUGCAGUGUUGAAGUGCAUUUCAUCAGACCUUUCCAAAGUGGCACUCAGUGCCAAGACAAAGAUGACUCCAGCCAAACCUUACCAUUGAGGCAGUGUGAUUGUGAAGAUGAGCAAGGGCAAUCACCUGAAAUUCUGAAGUUACCAUCAUCUGUAUCUAUCAGAGACUUUGGUUUGAGCCUGUCAGAGUCAGACCAGGCUGAAAUUGACUUCAGUGAGCUUUGUGGUGAGUUUAGCUAUACGCCACACCAUACAGAUGCAGCUAAAACCAUUUUCAGAAGAAAAUCUGACCCUAGCCUGGUAGCCUUGCUGCCUGCGGAUCACCAAGCAACCCUGGCUGUGACUGAAGAUGACACAAAAAUAGCUCAAAAAAACAGGCGCUCUCAGAAGUUAACUGAUGAGAUAACAGCCCAGUUCUUCAAAGUACUGCCUGGUCAUGACAAGAUCCCACAGGUUUCAGGUGUGGAUAUGGGCUUCAAACCCUUCAAGUCAAGCAAGGAAGAAAACAUGAAACCACAGGGGUACAGUUAUGGGUAUCCAGAAAACAUGCCCUUCAUUGAUGAUUCAAUUGAACCUAUUAUUCCUACAGCUAAGUACAGCAUGGUGAAACCAUUCAAAAUGAAG